GAACUAGACUUUAUUAUACCUGUUGUGCAAUAGUGUUUUACUUUGUAAACUGCAUUAUUUCUUUCUGCAAAUUGUCUUUGUGACUUUGAAUACUGCACUCGCAUAAAAUAAAUAUUAAGCUUGUAAAACAUGACUUUCUUUGGGCUCGCUUGAAAUGAUUUAAAAUAUAGAGCAGACUUAAUAAUUUUGUUAUAUUCUUUCAUAUUUCAGAAAGUACUGCUACUAUGUCUGAUCUGGAGGCAAAUGCACAAGAGGACAAAGACGUGGAAUCUGUGUCUGACAGCCCAGGUCGUACUCAGGAGCCAUUACAGAGUCACACAUUCUCCCUGAAGAACAAUGCUGCAGGUCUGUCCUCAGAUGAACACGAAAACCCUUUAAAUGGAACCCAGCCGAAUCCAUUUGUAUACAGCAGUGUCCCUGCUGUUCCCCAUGCAGGCAAUUCAUUGCCUUCAGGAGCACUUGUUAAUGGACCUGGUUCACACCCCACCUCAGAGGUACACUGUGUCCUGAACAAAGGCACUGUUUUAUCCAACAAUGUCCUGGAUGCCGUGUGGCAAGCGGAGAAGGACACGAGCCCCGAGGUGUUACCACCACCUAGUGAGCUUCAAUCAGACGCUUGGAAGAACACAGCGGGGCCCACCGUAAAAACACUGGCCACACAGCCAGGUGUCAACACGCCACUGUCUCACUCGGAGGAGAAUGAGUCCAAACUGGCCUAUUCCACACUGUCAGGUGCAGGCAGUGCAGAGCAAAUGCACAUUAGCCAACCUUUGACAAAACAGACAAUGAAAACAAGAUCUCGACGGGACGCAGAAUGGUCAGAAAGCUCCUUGGAUGAUCAUGAUGAUGCUGAAGUAAUCAGAUGGGAUUCAGCAAGAGAGUGCUUCUUGCACAAUGACAGAAGGCUGGAGACCAAAGUGAUGCUCCAAAGGGACAGGAAGCACAAUACACAUGUAAAAAGCAUGUCAGGCUCUCUAGAAAAGGUUAACAACAGCUUAAAUCACACAUGCGGACACUUGUGUUACUGUAAUGAUGUUGGAAAUGUUGACAUUGCAAACAAAGAUGAUUCUUUGGGUACCCAAUCUGAUAUAAAAUAUUCUGUUGUGCCACUCAAAGAUCUUUCCAGGAACACAGCUUCAGACUCUGAGCACAGUAUUUAUAGCACAGCGCAGGAAGGCUGUAAUGAGGAAAAUGACCCUGAAGAUGAAGACAAUUUUAGUUCAAAAGUGGAACAGUUGAAGACGGAACAAGUUGAACAAGAGCCACUUUUCUUUUCAUGCACAAUAUGCAAUGUUAAUUUCAAGGAAGAAAGACAUUUCCAUAGACAUAUGAUGUAUCAUUUAGGCAAGCAUAAUCAGGUGAACAGUGAGAAUGUCUCACAGCCCUUUAUAUGCAGGGAAUGUGGGCGUUUGUUCUGUGAUAGCAACUCCCUCACGAGGCACAUCAUUAUUCACCAAGACAGGCUGGAAAAACUUAUGGAGGAAAUCAAAGGUCUCAAAAACACUGAAUCGGAAGACGAUGGUUCCACAGUGCAGCUCCCUCAGCGUGUAUUUGGUUGUAAUUGCCCUGAAAUCUCUGUCCAGCGCGCCAAAACACGUAAUAAUCUGAAGCAUUACUACUUCUGUGAGGAGUGUAACUACAUUACACUGACACAGCAGGCACUUGAAGCACACUUACAUGUCGCACACCUCGACACACACCAGCCUCAAUACAGGAAAAUGACUCAUACUAAUGACGCUGAGAAAGUGGACCAUGUUCAGUUUCAGUGUAAAGUGGGUUCUUUCACAAGCAGAGACAAAGUAGCAUUGGGAAGACAUCCUGAGCUGCAGCAUUUGCGAUCACAUUGUGGUAAUUAUAAAAAGGUUGCUGACCAGUGCAAGCCGAAUCUUUUGAAGUCAACUCUUGGAGAAACAGCCCAUUUCCCUCACUAUUCCAGUAAAAAAGGGGAUUUCAUUCAAAAGCCCAAUGACAAAACUGUAAAUUCUCCUCAGUUUAAGUGCCGUGUUGGCUGCUCCAAAAACAAGCCGCCUCUGUCUUUGUGGAGGGUCGACAGGCAUGGAAAAUUACUCCUACAACCAGUGGAAAAAUUAAAUGUGGCAAGUGAUCUCACCUGUGUGGAAGAAGACUCUGAAAACAACGGCUGCAAGGCUUUUGGCAGCUCAAAGCAGGCAAACUGUCCUGCAAGUGCUGAUUUUUUACUAUCAGCCAGAAAUCUUAAAUUAGAACAGAUGUUCUGUCAGGGUAGCAGGAACGACCCAGCAAGUGGGAGUUUAGCACAAGCAAACCGAAAUUCUCUGUCAGUGAAAAAAAAGUCAACGCCCUUGCAAAACACUAUUGACGAUAUGAAUGGUAAUAUAUCGCCAAGGCUUUGCCAGAGGCUCAAGAAACAGUGUGCAGAUAAGGAGUUAAAGAAAAGCUGCGAGGGCAGCAAUAACUUCAGUGAUGACACCAGCAAAGCUACAGGCAGCUUCUUGGAAGGCGAGAAUGUAAAGAACCCCUAUGCUCGGGGGUAUUUCAGAAAGAGGCAGAGGUUUUCAGCCCAAGACCAAAGCCCUCAUGUACUCAAGGCUGAAGAUGAUGGAGAUGAAGACUGUAGUGACAUAGAGCAACUCAUAAUCAAGGAGGAGUAUAUAGAAACUACAGUGAGCGAUGAUUCCCCAGAGUCGCCUUGUAUGUCUCCAAGUGACUGCUUUGAUGUUUUCCCUACACCAGGGCUAGAACACAAGCCCUGUCCGUACUGCCCCGCCAUGUUCGAGUCUGGAGUCGGCCUGUCCAAUCACGUGCGAGGGCACCUUCACCGAGUCGGCUUGAGCUACAACGCUCGGCACAUGGUUUCACCAGAGCAAGUAGCGCUGCGGGACCAUCAGCCACAAAUCCGAAGAAGGAUCUACUGCGGUACGAGGAGAAUGAGAAAAGCUGUUAAGCCAGAAACCAGAGGAGAGCACCAGUGUCCCCUGUGCUGGGGUUGGUUUGAUACUAAGACUGGCCUUUCCAACCAUGUGAGGGGACACCUAAAACGAAUUGGUAGAAGUGUCACCAGCACCAGCAAGUCCCCGCUGUGCAUCCUCAAUGAACUGCUACAGGACAAGAAGGAACGUCAGAACAUCCUUCAGGGUCUCAACAGGAGCCAGCUCCCUUCACAAUCCUUCGUUUCUCAGAAGUUAAUCAGCAACAACGGCCUCAUCCUGAUGCGUAUGGGCAUCCCCAUGAAAGUCCAGUAUGAGAUGAGGAAUCCACGUCCCAUCCUGGAUAGCUUAGUACCAAAACAGGGGGCAGAGGCCUUGUCAGAAAGGGAGAAGCUUCAGGUAGAAGCACAAAGAGGCACUAAGGCCUCAUCAAGCACUUUAGUUGAACUGCUCCAGAUGAGACAGGAAGGUCUGGAGGUCAUGGCGAGACACAGCCAGGAAGCCUAUGCAACCAAGCUCAGUGAUUUGACCAAAGAUUACAUGGAGGAGACCAAAACCGGACCAAACUGGACUCAUGGACAAUCUGAUUCCAAGAAAAUUGGUAUUGAGUGUAACGGCACCUUCUGCAGGAUUGGUCACCUCGGAGCCUUUGCACACAGGAAGAGGAUUGCCAUUUUUGAAGAACCAGGCUAUGAUUAUAAACCCAAGAAGCCAAGGCCUGGGCUAAAGAAGAAGAUUUUACCCUCCUUGAAUGCUGAAAUAUACACAUUCACCUGCAGAUUCUGUGACCUUGUCUUCCAGGGUCCUCUGUCUAUCCAGGAGGAUUGGAUCAAGCAUCUACAGAGGCACCUUCUGCACACCAGUGUACCCAACUCAGGGACAGGGAUGGUAGAGGUUUUGGGUCUUCAUCACAAAAUACAAAUAAGUAUGUCUGCAGAGCAUUCAGAUUGAGUAGAGUUGAGCACUUCCAGUUGCCUGAAUUUAAACAUUGUUUAUAUAAUCAACGCCCUGUUUUAGAUUAGGCCUGCAACUGUUUAUAGUAAUAAAUAAUAGUUAAUCCAGACUACUUAAUAGUGUAUAUUAACAAUGUGGUGAAUAUUAGCAAAAACUUUUAAUAGGAUAUUUUAAUGCUAUGCUUUGCCUUAUCAACUUAGCUAAUGCAACUAAUAGGAUUUAUCUUUAUUGCCUGCUGUAUGUUAGACACAACAGUGUCAGUAUGAGCAGCGUGCAGUGCAGUGCAGAACUGCCAUUGUUGGAAAGAAAUUGUUCUUAAUGUUUGUCAUGAUAAAGAAAAGUGCCUUGUUACAAAGCAUUUUGUUAUAAUGACAAAACCUUUUCAUUAUAAAAUGGGAAAAAAAUCCCUAAUAUCCCAAUUUCUUGUAACUUUUUAUGUCAUAAAGAGAACCUUUGUCAUUAUAAAUAGAAAAAAUUCUCAACACGUUAGUCCUUUUUGUUACGACAAACUUUUGUCAUAACAACAAAAGUUAAAACGAGCACUGGCAUUGUCACAUUGGAAAAAUAUUCAGGCAUGAGCAUUUCAAUUAAGUUCAUGUGGCACUUUCUUUUCGAGGCAACAUAAAAUAAAUGUGUGCUCUUGUUAAGCAGUGUACACAGGGCUGUCAUUAGUUUGUGGAGGCUUUGUAGGAUUUCACCUCUCUGUGCCUGCAUCAGAGAGAGCAUCUCUCUUAAUCAAAGUGACAUUCAAGAUGCUGUAUUAUGUUGGGACAGCUUGUUCUGUCUUUGUACUUCUACUUAACCUUCAGCCAUCAGUGUAAGUUCUGAAAUCGGGCUCUCAUUAUAGCCACGGUAACAUCUUUUUGUAAUGAGAAAACUUCAGUUAUAACAGGAAACCUUUCCAGUUGUAACAACAUAUUGCUAGAAUGACUUUGUCUUAUUGUGGCAGCUCUGUGUUUCUGAAGGCUUUCACCUGUAAUGGGUUGCUUUUGGUUUCUGACAUGAGAAAGAAUACGUGGAGGAUAGCACUUUGGCUUCAGCCCAGGACAUUUACCUUGUUGUCAUACAGAGAGUCUUCGAUGACUGUCUUCUUAGCACCUACAGUAUGUGGGAGAGUCAAUAGCCAAAGGCAUAAAUCACUUCACGAUUUUGAUAUUUUUUUUGUUUUUGUUUAAAGCUGGGGUACACGACAUUCAGAACAUCAGCAGUAAACAACUAUUUUUUGUAAAGGUGUUAAAUUGGUAUAAUGGCGUCCGAAACAGAGAAUGAAGUCACUGAUUCUCUGUUCUUUGUUUUGGUUGCAGCCUCCCAGUGCUCAUGUCCCACUGGUUACGUAAAUAUAAUAUGUACUUGAUAGGGAUGGGUGUUUGGAAGAAACCUGCCAACUCAAGCAUCUAUUAUGUUAACAAUCAAUUGAUUGCAGUAUGUCUAAAAAAAUGCAUACAUGUACAUAUACUAUGCAAUGCCUAUUUUGAUAAUGGACGCUUUUAUUUCGAAAGGACGAAAAAGGAAUGUUUGAUACAUUCAAGGAAGUGUUGUCAAGGAAGGUUUGAGUAAGCUAGUUUUGCUCAAAUUAAUACUGUAUUUCUGUGUGUUUUAUAAUUGUUAUUGCAACUUUCAGUUUGCAAAUUGUAGCUUUUUCCAACUUAAUUCUCAGCUCAUUUGCUUAUUCAUGUACGGCCGUA